UUUCGCGAAUUGACAGUUUUGGGAAAUGUAAAAUCUACACAAAAAUAUUCAUUUUUUUAAUGAUAAUUUUUUCCUACGAAAGCCUCUUUGAAAAAAAAAUCGCCAUUUUGUAAACUGUUGUAAACUUCUAAACACGUCCCUGUGCAAUAAUUCUCAACUUUUUUUCUAUUCAAACAUGUUUUUUCGUGCUUUCAUAAAAUAAAUUUGCGUAACUUUUUGCACGACGAGGUUAGAAUCGUUAAUAUUCCGAAGAAAGUGGAGUUAACGUAUAUCCUUUCUCAUCUGAGAGGGUUGUGCGUGUUUUCAACACGCGUGUGACCAAAGACUCAAAAAAAAGUAAAAAAAAGUAAGUAAAAGGUGAAAUCAACGGAUAAAUGUCAGUGAGCGCUUGUGACAGUCGAUUUUUUUUUCAUCGCUGUGGCGCCGGUCCUGAUUGACGUCGAAUUAGAUGUGCCUGUGUGAGGCUGUAUGAUUUUUACUUGACAAAAGAGGUUACUACAUUCGACAACGAUAAAGUAAACGUGCAGUUGUGUAAAACUUGCCGCGAGUUCUAAAAAUUGCAAUAAAAGUCUCGAAAUUCGAGAAUAAGAAGAUCUUGUGUAAAACAAAGGGCAAACAAAUUAUGCUUUGCAUACUCAAGUCCAUGUGAAUGAUGAUGACAGUGUGUUGACCUAACUGAUUUUAAAACUAUGGCGAACAUUGCAGCACAGCGACUCAAACGGGAAUUCAAAGAGGUUAUAAAGAGUGAAGAGGUAGCAAGAUGCGCAAUUAAAGUAGAAUUGGUUAAUGAUAGUUUUACCGAAUUAAAGGGAGAAAUCGCUGGUCCUCCAGAUACACCUUACGAGGGAGGAAAUUUUGUACUCGAAAUUAAAGUACCUGAGACUUAUCCAUUUAAUCCCCCUAAAGUACGAUUUAUAACAAAAAUAUGGCAUCCAAAUAUUUCUUCUGUUACCGGAGCUAUUUGUUUGGAUAUAUUAAAAGACCAAUGGGCAGCCGCUAUGACCCUGCGAACUGUUCUCUUAUCUCUACAAGCAUUAUUAUCGUCAGCAGAACCUGACGAUCCUCAGGAUGCGGUAGUAGCUAAACAAUACAAAGAGCAUCCUGAAAUGUUUCGACAAACUGCAAAACAUUGGACGUCUGUUUACGCAGGAGGCCCAGCCACAAUGCCUGAGUUAGACGACAAAAUAAGACGAUUAACCGACAUGGGCAUUGAGGAACACGAUGCAAGAGUCGCACUAUCGUCAUACAAUUGGGACUUGGAAAGAGCCACUGAACAACUUUUUAGUUAGUGGCAACUUGGCAGUCUCUCCUGCCAUGUCAUUCACAUCACAUUAAUUAUAAAUCGCGUUCAAGUGAUUUAAAAAGAUCAAUUUAGUCGAGAGUCUGUUUUUUUCUACUUCAUUUGUAUCAUAGACAUGAGGACAUAAGAAACCAUCAUCGAGAGUUAAAUAAGAGCUUCGAUUAAAUCGUUAAACCGGGCAUGAAUUAUAUAUCUACGAAAGAGAGCACAUUGUUUGCAAACUAAACUCUUUUUUUAUUUUCUCGAUAAAAGCGAACAACAACAACAAAAAAAACCGAUUUCGACAAAUUUUUGAAACAGCUUCGAUUCCUUUUUUGGCUUUAUAAAAUUUAACCUAUCGUGCAUAAUUUAUCAAAUUGAUUUGUUUUUUUUAGAAUUUUUUGUGUUUCCAUCUAGCGAUUUAUAGAAGUCGCAACAAAAUUUGUAGAUUAAUUUUUGUUUUUUUAAACUAAAGUUGUUAUAAUUUAUUUAAAAUUUUGUAAUUUUUCUUUUUUCUACUAGUUUUAAUGAAAUUGUACAAAAUAAAUUAAUGUCUACAUAAAAUUUUGUUAACAUUUAUUAUCGAUUUUUAAUUAGAAGAAAAGAAAACCGAAUUUGCUUCCUGAAAGGCACGAUAUAAAUACUUUAAUGUUAUUAUGCAAUCUCCGGUACUUUUAAUGUAAAAUUUUUUAGCUGAAAAUUGCCUAUUUUUCUUAAGCAGAAAGUUAAUUGAAUCGUUAAAAGAGUCAAAGAGUUUUACAUUCCAGACUCAGGAACGAAGUUGCAUUUAUUACUUUAAAAUUAUGUAAAUGAAUAUCAGUUUGCGAUUUUUUGUUUUAAUAGAAAAGAAAGCGAUUACGGAAGAAAAUUCAUGUUUAAUCAAUAUUUUUCAUUAAAUAAUAAAUGAAAAUUAUUGGUGGGAAAAAAAAGUCAGUAAAACUUAAUAUGAGAUUUUUCUUCUGUACUCGCGUAAAGAUCUUUUUUUUGUUUUAAAUAAUUUAUAAGGAGGGCUGUGUCACAAAGGUGUGUCUAUAUAAAUAACAUGAAUUUCCUAUAAAAAUUCGAAAUGGUAAUUUAGUGGAUAAGCGAUUAUUGCAAAUUUAGGGUUUUUCAUAAAAAUGCUGUUCAAAUGUUAAAUGUACAUUAAUUAAAUAUUUCCAAAAAAAUAAUUAUUAAUAAAUCGAAUCUCUUUCAGUGUUAACGUUUUCACUUCAGUUUUCCAGAAUUAUUGCUACGACAUUAUUGUAAACCGGAUUUUUACUACUAACAGGUUAAAAACUUUUUAUUGUGUAAAUGGUCGCCUAUUGGCCAAAGAAAUAAAAAAAUCUCUUAUAAUGACGAUAA